AUGAAGGGUAAAAAGGGACGGAAAGGAGCAGCGAAACCUGCGAUUGUGGAAUCGGAUGAGGAUGAUGAUGAUGAUGUGCCAGAUCCGACGAGGGAAGAUUUCGUUUAUGAUGCAGUCGAUCUUCAUUCGGCGUCAAAGUCCAAAACAGUGGAACGGAGUGAUGAAGAAGAAGAAUCUGAUGAUGCUGGGGACAGAGUUGUCGGAUUUAAAGACCUGGGUUUUGAAGACACAGAAUCUGAAGAUGACGAGUUCUAUGAAGAGCAAUUGGCACGUGUGAAGCGGGACUUGGCCAAGGAUGAAAAUGCCAGUGACAUUGAAAGUGUGGAGGAUGACGAGGAAGAAGACGGCAGACGAGGCACAGACGCGUGGGGCCGGAGGAUGACGGACUUUCGUGGAGCAGAUGUUGUCGACCCGACCAACGAGGCCCUGCUGCAAAUGGAAGAAGAAGAAGCUGCUGCCCUGAGAAGUCGAAUUGCCAAAGACUUUGAUGAAGCGGAUUUUGACAUUGGUCAGUUGCUUCCGUCGGAGACGAGUUCGCAAAAGAAGACUAAAAAGAAGAAGAAGCAGCAGCAGCAGCAGCAGGUGGAAGGAGAUGAGGAACUUUCAAUAAAGGAGCCUAGAGUAGAAAGAGACUUGUCCACACUUUCCAGAGCUCAGAAACUGGAACUAGUGAAGCAAGAGUCCCCUGAGUUGAUUCAUUUGCUGCAGGACUUUCAAGCAAAACUGAAGGAAUUGAAGACCAAGUUGGAGCCUGCUCUGAAAAAUCUGGAGAUCUCAUCGAAAAAGUCGGGCGUUUUUGCUGAUUACGUGCGGCUCAAGUUUGAUCUGACUUCUUGGUAUUGCGUGAACAUGAGCUUCUACAUGGCACUCAAGUCGAACCGCACUCCAGUGACGAACCACCCGAUCAUCAAGCGCCUGCUGGGGAUCCGAAAGUUGCUGAAGGAACUGGAACCCGCGGAUGAAAAGUUCGACUCUGCCGUUGAAAUGUUGUCCCAGCAAAAGUCCCUGCCAGAAAUUGUCGAAGCAGCCACAGCUGGGAAAUUAGUACAAGCUUCUUUGAAUGAAGACAUGGAGGAGGAGGAGGAACAAGUAGGAGGAGAAGAAGAAGAAACGGAUACUCGUGUGAACCCGUGGGAAGUGGAAGACGGAGAAAAGAGGGCCAUUACAUACCAGAUUGCCAAGAACAAGGGUCUCACGCCUCACAAGAAGAAAGAGUUGAGGAAUCCCAGAGUCAAGCACAGGAUGAAGUACAGAAAGGCCAAGAUUCGCAGGAAGGGUCAAGUGAGGGAAGUGAGAAAUGAAGUGUCGCGUUAUGGUGGGGAAAUGUCUGGCAUUCGCGCCGGUGUUGUCAAGAGUGUCAAAUUUAAAUAAAAGAUGGCCUUCUCUUGAUA